UUAAAAUUAUUUCUUUCCGUCACACUCGCGCACUUAUAAUCGACCCUUUGACGAUACUGAGUUGGGUUCUAUUGUGAUUUGUGCUUUUCAUCAUUGCACCUACAGUUGCCUAGGAAGUGGUUAAUUGUUUUAACGUAUGUGUUUUUCAUCUUUGUUAUGUACUUAAAUAAGUGAUUACACGCAUACCUACAUAUUCGUAUUCUACCCAUUCUUCUAAAUUAAUUACUACUACGUACUUGAACAAAAGUCAUAAUUAUUAACAAGAUUUUUGAAUUUUAUUAACUGUUGAAAUAGAAAAUUUUAUGUUUGUGAACAAUGUCAUAGAAAUUAUAGUUCCAGCAAGUUAAAACAUAAAUUGAAAAUACUGAUGAUAAUUCGGCCAAUCAAAACUAGCUAAUGCUGAUAAUAUGUUCGUAAACCAACUAAAUUUAGUAAUAUUUAGAAAUAUUGAAAUAAUUGACCGAAUGUUAAAAUGAAAAGAGAUUCUGCCAAAAAAUUGAUUGAACGUUAUUUUUAUUUGAUUACGGAAGGCUGUGGAAAUGUUGAUUGUAAAAAUGAUUACUGUGCAUCCAGUGAAAAGUCUAACAAAGUCUCUGCUAAUGAUGCUGCUGCUCUUGCUAUUCGUCUUUUUCGUCUAGAUGCCAGACUAUGUGAUGAACAUCCUAUAAAAGUUGCACGUACAACUGACAAUCCAUCAAUAUCGGGAAAUUCUAUACAGGAAGCUACAACUUCAUUUGCUUGUAGUAGUAGUAGUAGUUGUGCACAAGAUAUUCGUCGUUUAUCUCAUGAUGCUUGUGUACAAACAAGUUCUUGUACUGUUUUUCAAGUAAAUCCUGUACAUACAUCUGAAUUAUCAAGAUCAUUAUCUGAUACCCAAAUUACCCAAAGUACCCUUCCUUGGUCAUCUGUAGAAAGUGAAAGUGAUCCUACCCCCUUUAUAGUAAGUGUAGAAUCAAUGGCUAAAGAAUCUCCAUCUAUCAUCAAAGCAGAGUCUGUGGAUCAAAAAAAUGAAGAUUCAUCUAUAAUAGCUAAAGAUGAUGAACUGAAAAAAUUGGAUACCAAAACUGAGCCUCAUGAACAAAAUAGUUCUACAAAUCUUUCAUCAAAUAAGGAUAUUCUAGACCGUUUAGAUGUAGCUUCAUUAAGCAUGCCAGAAUCGGUCGAUUUAAAAAACUUGGAUAUUUUAAAAGAGCCAUUAAGACAUGUUACUAAUUGUCAAACAAGUAUCAAAUAUUUAAAUGAAACUAAUGUAAUUGAGCUUACAAACAAAUGUAAAAUAAUUGAUCCACUAACAGAUAAUAAUGAGUUAUUAUGUGCUCUUUAUCAAGUUUAUUCAUCACCAGAAUCUUUGGGCAAUAGUUUUUUAAAACAACAUCCAAAACACAAGAAAAACACUCUCAAACUUUAUAAUAGAGCUAAAACUGCUUUUACAAAUAUGACCAAAGAAAAUAUUCGUCAAAUGGAAGUUGAAAAAGAAUUGGAUGAUAAUUCUAUUGAUGAAGAGGAAGAAGAAAAUCAAGAGAAAAUUUCUGAAAAAGAGUUGGACAUAGAAGGUCUAUCAAAUGCUUAUAAAGCAUUAAGUAACAUAAAAAAUGAUGGCUGUUAUAAAGACAUAUUAGUUCUCGCUAUAAGUUCAUUAUGUGCUAAAGUUACAGUGGAAUUACAAUUUUUGAAAUCUAAAUCAUAUCCUAUAAGUGAUAAAUAUUUAAAGGAUGUGGUACAUUCACUAAAAAUAAUAUAUGAAAUGCCAUUUUUGGAUGAUUUCAUAUUUGUUGAAAGAAUUGUACCUAGAUUAGUUGCAGCUACCUGUGUCCUACCUAUUGCUGAACAAGCAAAACUUGCGAGAUUUUGGUGUGAUGUAUCUAGUGAAAACACUUUAAGAAAGAUUUUACAUUGUCUCCAAGAAGUAAUAACAUUUCAGUUAAUAUCUGCUGAAUAUGAUGCAACUUUUCAAGAAGAAACUACUGUAACAUCUGCCACAAAAACUAUGAAGAUUUUAUAUUAUGCUAGUAUAAUGGCUGGUGAAUGUGACAGACCCACCAAUAAAAGUGAAAUAAAACCAAUUGAAAAAGCAGAAAAAAGAACUGAAGACAUUAGAGAUGAAAAUCUUUUAGAGGAUAUUUUAGUUAAUCCAAACCCAAAAAGUAAAACAAACAAAAGUGAUCCUCUUGCACAGAUAUUAAAUAUUAAUAUAUUGUCAUGUCGUGCACCACUCAUACCUAUAUCCAAAUUUUACAAUGAGUUAUUAAGUGAUGCUCUUGAAAUGGAUGAUGAUUACCAAACUUGGAGAGAAAAUGGCAAUGAUAAAUUUUCUUUUAUGACUCAUUCAUUCAUUCUCACGCCAGCUACUAAAACAUUAGGUCUUUAUUAUGAUAACAGAAUACGGAUGUAUGAAAAUAGACGGUUCUGCCUUAUUCAAACUUUAAUCGGCCAACCAACUCAUCCUUACCUCAAAUUAAAAGUUAGAAGAGAACAUGUUGUUCAAGAUGCUUUAGUUGAGCUUGAAAUGGUUGCCAUGCAAAAUCCCUCUGAUCUCAAAAAACAGUUAGCAGUCGAAUUUGAUGGAGAACAAGGAGUUGAUGAAGGUGGAGUGUCUAAAGAAUUUUUUCAUCUAAUUGUAGAAGAAAUAUUUAAUCCUGAUUAUGGUAUGUUUGUUAUAAUGAAUUCAGAAUCUGGUAAUCCUACAUAUUGGUUUAACUCUUUUUCUUUUGAAACUGCUGCUCAAUAUACUUUAAUUGGACUUAUUGUUGGUCUUGCUAUUUAUAAUAAUGUAAUAUUAAACAUUAAUUUUCCUAUGGUUGUUUACCGAAAACUGUUAGGAAAACAAUGUACUUUCAAUGAUUUACAAGACUGGAAUUUAGAAUUGUUUAAUGGUUUGAAAAAUUUAUUGGAUUAUGAAGAUGAUGAUAUAGAAGAAAUGUUCAUGCAAACUUUUAGAAUAUGUUACAAAGAUGCAUUUGGUGAAUUAGUAUACCAUGACCUUAAGGAUAAUGGAGAUCAAAUUACAGUUAAUCAUAUUAACAAAAGAGAAUUUGUUGAUAAAUAUGCAGAUUUUUUGUUAAAUGAGUCAAUAGGAGUUCAAUUUAAUGCAUUUUACCGUGGUUUUCAAAAUGUUAUGGAAGAAUCACCUUUGCAGCAUCUCUUUUGGCCUGAAGAACUUGAACAAAUUGUGUGUGGUAGCAAAGUUUUUGAUAUGUCAGAUUUAGAAGAAACUACUCUUUAUGAAGGAGGAUAUCGUAAAAAUACUCCAGUCAUCAGGUGGUUUUGGAAUUUUGCACAUUCACUGCCUAGGGCCUCUCAACAAAAAUUACUACAGUUCACAACUGGAAGUGAUAGAGUUCCAGUUGGUGGAUUAGGAAAACUGAAAUUAACCAUUACUAGAAAUGGUUCAGAUUCUGACAGGUUACCCACUGCUCAUACAUGUUUCAAUGUUCUUUUGUUACCUGAGUACAAUAGUCAAGAAAAAUUGGAUGAACGUCUUUCAAAAGCUAUAAACUAUGCAGAAGGAUUUGGUAUGAUAUGAAUGAACCAAUCAAAAUUUGUGCAAGUUAAAGUAGAUUGAAAGUAAAAACAAUUGUUUUUUUAUUCCUGUUUAUCUUCUAUUGUAAUUAUUAUUAUUAAUGUAUAAGUGUAAUGUUGGAUUAUUAAAAUGUUAUAUUAUA